CAAUGUAACGAUGUGGCCCGAGCUUUUAGCCCGGCUUGGCCGCUAUGACAUGCGCUGAUCCCUGGCCGGGUGUCCCUUAUCGAUCGCGGGGUAGUGCGCCGUUCCAUAACAAAUUUACCGUUCGGCUCGAACCCCUCCACAGCCCACAUUGCCUGGUACUUCUCCCGUCGUCUGAAGUGACUCACGGUCGGGUUUCAGGGGUUGCAAAAACCUGCAUUUCGAUUGCUUGCUACCGAAUUUCAACAAUCCGAGUCCGAUUCGCAAAGUCACAAUGGAGAAGGUCACCGAAGCCUUGCAAAAGGCCGCCAUUGGCGGCGGCGAGAAGAAGCCGAAAAAGGAGAAGAAGGGCGCGGCCGCGGCACCGGCCGCCGACACGGGUCCUCUCGAGAUGCAGCCAGCCCCGGGCUUUCUGCAAGAGCGUCUUGAUCUGUUCGAUCAAUUGUACAAGGAGCAGCAAGAAGAACUGGCCAAGAAGCCCCGCGAUGAGAUCCUGAUUACCAUGCCCGACGGCACCGUCAAGCCCGGCAAAGCGUACGAGACCACACCGGCCGAGAUCGCCAAGGGCAUCUCCAACAGCCUGUACAAACGUACUGUGGUCGCGAGGAUUGACGGGGAGCACCUAUGGGAUCUCGACCGCCCGAUUGAGAAGAGCUGCAAGCUGGAACUGCUCGACUUCAACGACGACCAGGGCAAAUUUGUCUUCUGGCAUUCCAGCGCCCAUAUCCUCGGCGAGGCCUGCGAGCGGAGGUUCGGUUGCUCGCUGUGCAUCGGUCCCCCGGUUGAUAAUGGAUUCUACUACGAGAUGGCUCUGCCAGGCGGCGCCGCCGUGCAGUCUACCGAUUGGGCACCCCUCGAGAGCAUCGUCACCAAGAUUGUGAAGGAGAAGCAGCCCUUCCAGAGACUGGAAAUGAGCAAGGAGAACCUGCUCAAGAUGUUCGCCUACAACCCCUACAAGGUUCACAUUAUCAAGGACAAGAUUGCGGACGGCACAAGAACCACCGUUUACAGAAACGGCCCCUUGAUCGAUUUGUGCCGUGGACCCCAUGUGCCUGAUACCAGCAGGAUUGAGGCCUUUGCUAUCAUGAAGAACUCCUCCUCGUACUUCCUUGGCGAUGCCAACAACGACUCCCUGCAGCGAAUCUACGGCGUGUCAUUUCCGGACAAAAAGCAGAUGGCUGCCCACAAGAAGUUCCUUGAGGAAGCUGCCAAGCGCGAUCAUCGUCUGAUCGGAAAACAGCAAGAACUCUUUUACUUCGAGGAGUCGUCACCAGGUUCUGCGAUGUGGCUGCCACACGGCAUGCGCAUCAACAACGCUAUCAUGGACUACAUCCGUGAGGAGUACUGGAAGCGGGACUAUGACGAGGUCAUGACCCCCAACAUGUUCAAUCUGUCCCUCUGGGAGCAAUCGGGUCACUUGGCUCACUACAAAGAGGACAUGUUCCUGCUUGAUAUGGAUAAGGAACAAUUUGGCCUCAAGCCGAUGAACUGCCCUGCCCAUGCAAUGAUGUUCCGUCACAGGGAACGGAGUCACAAGGAGCUACCACUGCGCCUUGCCGACUUUGGCGUCCUGCAUCGGAACGAGGCUAGCGGCGCGCUGAGCGGCCUCACAAGAGUGAGGCGGUUCCAGCAAGACGAUGCCCAUAUCUUCUGCCGCGAGGAUCAAAUCAAAGAGGAGGUCGCCGAUCUAUUCGACUUCAUGAGUUCUUUCUAUGGCAUGCUGGGUCUUAGCUUCAAGCUCAAGCUGUCCACGCGCCCAGACAAGUUCAUGGGCGAGAUUGCUACCUGGGACAGCGCCGAGUCCCGCCUCAAGGAAGCCCUUGAUGAGUUUGCUGCUGCGAAUGCCGGUGUCACUUGGGAUCUCAACCCUGGCGACGGCGCCUUUUAUGGGCCGAAGGUCGACAUCGCUGUUUUGGAUUGCCUCAACAGGCAAUGGCAAUGCGCCACCAUUCAGCUCGACUUCCAGCAACCUAUCAACUUCUCUCUCGAGUACCAGACUGCUGAGAGUGUGCAGAAGGACAAGAAGGACGCAGCAGCGCCCAAUGCGGCUCCGGCGCCGGCUCCUGCUCCGGCUCCUGCCCCAGCACCCGACGCCACCGCCGACGAGAAGAAGGAUGGCAAGGAGAAGAAGAAGCCUCUCCUCAUCAAGAAGCCGCUUGCACCUGGUUGCGCGCGACCCGUCAUGAUUCACCGCGCCAUGGCUGGCAGCAUCGAGCGUUUCACCGCUAUUCUGGCCGAGCAUUUCGCUGGCAAGUGGCCGUACUGGAUGUCUCCGCGGCAAGUCAUUGUCAUCCCCGUCGGCAUGGGCUUCCUAGGCUAUGCUAAGGAGGUGGCUGCACUUCUGAAGAAGGAGCGCUUCCACGUUGAUGUCGAUAGCAGCGGCAACACCCUCCAGAAGAAGAUCCGCAAUGGCCAGCUGGCUCAAUACAACUUCUGCUUCGUGGUUGGUGACGACGAGAUGCGCAACCGCAAGGUCAACAUCCGCUACCGCGAUGACACCUCGACACAGGCGAGAGACGUGCCCGUGGACCUGGAGGACGCGGUCGAGAAGCUGCGCAAGCUCAAGGCUGACCGCGGGAUGUACAACCCCUUCCCUCACAAGAAGGAGGACGAAGCGAAGAAGGCUUAGGUGUAAUCUAGCAUGGGGUAGUAGGGGGGAUUUUGUAAAAUGGCGCUUUGCACCGUCCGCAAUCCGCCUCGGACAUACACAAAUGUGCUGGUCAUUCUCCCGUUCACUUCGUUUACCACGUUCUUGGGAAGCAGCAUGCUCUGCAUCACACCUCAAUGGUGGAGUGAA